AUGCCCAGCGAGCUUGAUACAUGUAUUCGGGAGCGACCGGCUGACAAUCUGCCAGCGCGGCCUUGGCAUGAUAACUAUACACACAGCAACACACAUCGGAUGGCCAUUGAGAGCUUUUUGAAUCCUUCCCCGCCAGCAGCAACACCCAUUUUCCCGGAUUUGCUGCCGAUUGCGAAGCUCCUACUUCCACCCGAAUGUCCGCCAAAAACAAGUUCACCAGAUACGACCUAUAGGUGCAUAACGUGCUACCGGAUAUAUCGAAAGCGUGCCGCGCUCCAGUAUCAUAUCGGAACAGUACAUUUGCCUAUAUAUCCUACCAAACCAUGGCCACCACUCACUUGCGUUUGUGGUCGGUUGGUUUGCUCGUGGAACGAGGACUUAUUGUGCUUCAGCAAUCAUUGCUGCGGCAAAUGGCGGGCCCCUACUGUCUCAGACCGUCUACUUCUUCGUGCACUGGAACAGACCAUCGAUUCCUUCAGAUCCCGAAUCAAUCAGGAAUUCCCAAGACUUACGCAUGAGCUUGUUGACCGCUUAGCUCGCGCACAACUUCGUCAAUUCGGGCGUGUCAUCGAAAAUAUUGGGAAACACGCACAAACAGCUGUCCACAAUGGUUGCAACAAAUAUUGUUUUACGAACAGCCUGCCCCGUGAGGUCGUCGAUGCCUUCCGAGGUAGUUAUACCUCUCCCUUUUUCGUCUCCUCAUUAAGCCUGGACAAAUUAUCCGGUAUGUUCGAAUGCCCCUGCUGCUUGCAGGUAAAAGUCAAUACACCGUAUCACAUUCGAGCACACCUGCAAUUCUUAAUUUGCAUGCAUCCAGGUUGCAGCAGCACCUUCAUAAAUAAAACCGGGUGGUUCCAUCAUGUCUCCAGACUCCAUCGUCAAUCAUGCAACUGCCGGUACAACGCUGAUAAAGACAUCAAACAAAUAUGCUAUUUCUGUGACACACGGUACACUUGUGAAGGCCUAGGGGACCAUUUGACAGAGCAUAUGAAGCAUAUCACAUCACUACUAUUUUGA